CCAUGGGCUCCUUGGCCCCAUUCUGAGACACUAAGGGUUUUUUCUCUUCUGUGCAGUGAUCAGCAGUGAUGAAGAUGAGUCCCCCAAAGCCUCUACCUCGGAACAAAGAAGGAGGCCUGAGCCCCUGGAUUUGAGAACAUCACCCACACGCAGGAAAGGACUUUGGCAAAAUGGGAGAGAUCAUGAAGAGUGUUCUGAGUCCAGUGCAGAUGAGACGCCCCCGGCAAUCAGGAGUUAUACAAUGAGAAGUGAUCCUGAUGAGGAGGAUUCCCCAGAUAUUGGAAACCAAUCUACUUUGAAGAUGAGCAAUAAGAAAAGACGGAUCAGCAGUGGUGACUCCUCAGAAUGGAGUAAUGGAGAAGAGCCUCAGGAAACUUGUAGUUCAGCCCUCAGAAAUGGAUCAGGAGCAGAACUCCAAGGACUUGGAAAUCAGAAGUGUUCCUGUGUCGUGUGUUCACCAAGUGUUGUGCCAAGAGGCCAAGAAGCAAGGUCUGAAUGUAGCCAAACAUCUGACAUGAUGGAUACUGUGGAUAUUGGAAGCAGUUCUAUUUUGGAAAAACACAGUGGGAAACGAAGAAAAAAGAGAAGGCACAUAAGUAAAAAAACCAGUCCCCAAAAAGUGAGAAGCAGAGGCAGAGAUAGAAUGCAGUCUCUGAAUAACAGAGUCCCAAGGAAAAGAAGCAAACCAAAAGGGACAAAAGCAGUCAACACCAGGCCUUUGAAAAGAAGCAGAAAAAGAGGUCCAAGAAUUCCCAGAGAUAAACAUAUGAACUUUAAAUGCUCUAUACUUCCCGUGACCUGUGGUCCAGCAAAGGGGAUGUUAUAUAAAGAGAAAAUGAAACAAGGAAUCUCAGCAAAGUGUAUAAAGACAAAUGAUGGGAAGGAGCUCACCCUCAAGGAAUUUGAAAUUGAAGGAAACCACAGAAGGUCCAAGAAUUGGAGGCUGAGUGUGCGCUGCGGUGGAUAUCCCCUUAAAUGCCUGAUUCAGAAAGGAUUUCUACCCGACCCACCAAGAACAAGAAAGAUAAUACCAGAUUAUCACAGUGAUAACAUUAUUGACCCAUAUCCAGAAAACUCAAAUAUAUGUGAGAUGUGCCAUAAAGGAGGAAUGCUAUUUUGCUGUGAUACUUGUCCAAGAUCCUUUCAUGAGACAUGCCACAUCCGUCAUAUUGAUCCUGACAGGGUCCCAUGGAGUUGCAUCUUCUGCGAGAUAAAGUUUAUUCAGAAAAUGUGUCCAGAAAGUCAGCCAUGUCAUCAGGAGUCAGAGAUCCUAGAAAGGAAGAUGCUGCAUGAGGAGUACUUGAAAUGUGAGUUCCUCCUCUUGAAGGUCUAUCGCUGGUCAAAAAGCUCCUUUUUUAUCCAAAAACCAUAUUAUAGUAAAAAGCGAUCUCAGAGCCUGACGAAGUGCAUGUGGUUAAACAAAAUCAGAGAAACAUUGGCUUCAAAGUUGUACCUCCAAGUGAAGGAUUUUGUGCAGGACAUGCGCCUCAUCUUUCAGAACCACAGGAAAAUUUAUGAGGUAAGUGGCUGUCCCUGCAUCCCUUUUUCUUUCGAUUAAGUCACUUUGCCUUUCCUCUUCUCAUAUCAGGUAAAUGUUACAACUUUCCUCAUCAGGCGGCAAGCACACACAAGUAAAAACUCUAGAAGGAUUCUAAAAGCCCUGUGGUCUACAGAGGUGAAAAUGUAAUAAUCAACCAGAGGUAUCAUUGCAAACACUGUCCUAGGACCUCAGAGUCUGCUCACUGCUAGAUAGCCGAUUUUCUCCCAGAAAACAGUAGACUGCAGAUCUAGUCCCUCCACAGGAAACAGAAGUGCUUUUUAAAGGCAACCAGUGUUUCUCUUCUCUAAAGGAAGAUACCAAAUCAAAUUUCUCAAAUUUCAAAAUCUUGGAUUUCUUUACAUCCAAAUCCCCUAGUGCUGUGUCAAAAAGUUAACAAGGCCCUAGCCCGUGGUAGGCAAACUGCGGCUCCCGAGACACAUGUGGCUCUUCGGCUCCUUGCGUGUGGCUCUUCCUAAGCCUUAGGAGUACCCUAAUUAAGUUAAUUACAAUGUACCUACCUAUAUAGUUUAAGUUUAAAAAAUUUGGCUCUCAAAAGAAAUUUCAAUCAUUGUACUGUUGAUAUUUGGCUCUGUUGACUAAUGAGUUUGCAGACCACUGCGGCCUAGCCGGUUUGGCUCAGUGAAUACAGCGUCAGCCUGUGGACCAACAGGUCCAAGGUUCAGUUCCAAUCAAGAGCAAGUACCUCAGUUGCAGGCCCAGGCUCUGGUCAGGGCUCGUGAAGGAGGCAACCAAUCAAUGUGUUUCUCUCACAUCUAUGUUUCUCUGUCUUUCCCUCUCACUUCCACUCUCCCAAAAACCAACAACAGCAAAAAUCAACGGAAAAAUAGCCUCGAUUGGAAAAAUAGCCUCGGGUGAGGAUUAACACACACACACACACACACACACACACAUUAACAAGGAUUGCCUCAAGGGGUGAGAAUGAAGGGAGAGGAAGGCACAAUGAAUUUACUGUAGACAUUUCCAUACUACUAUAUUGUUGCAAAUAAUAUGUGCUGUGCUCAAAACUCAAAUAACUUCUAUUUUGUCAAAUUAAAUCAAUCAAUUUUUGGUGAAGAAUUAGGCUGCAAGAUAGUACUAUUUUUGCUUCUCUGUCUUCCAGAUAAAGAGAAAUUAUCAAGCUAUCAGGGAAUAUUAGCUAUUCCUAACUGGAUGAAGUCUCACUUAACAUUUGGGGGUGGCCUAAAAUGAAGAUCUUGAUUACCUGAAACUUUGGGUAAUUGGCAAUGGCUAAUAUUCUUUUUCUCUUCGUUUUUUCAGGGCCACAAAUUCAUCAUGUUGGGAAUUCAAAUACAGGCCGAAUUUGAGAAAAACUUCAAAGUCAUUUUUGGAAUUCAGUAAAUCAGCAAGAACAGUUCUCAGUCCGAGCCCAUUACUUUGUGAUUCUUGUCCAUUUUUGUUUCCCCCUUCAGAGCCUCCAGCAGUACAUGGUCAAGUGCACGUGGUCCCGCUGACCAUUCUGCCUAAUGAUAUGCGAAAACAAUCACAUCACACUUCUUUUUUCAAACUUAUUUUGUCGUCAUUUCAGCUCAUUUAUUUUUCUAAAUAGAAAAUGUAAAAUUG